CGAUGGAGGAGUGAGGAAUGUGAUACGUCCCGGCAGCCGGGGGAGCCGGAGCAUAUCUGGUAUGUGUCUCUGGAAUGAUUUGGAGAAAAUUCACCAAAGUUGGAACAUAAGACGCAAACUGCCCGGGACACAGAGAUACAAGCUGUCCGUUCGCACCCCACCCCCCCAAAAGGACCUGGGGCUGGGGUGGGAGUCGGCUUACACAGCACAGCGGCAUAGCUCGGCUCAGGCCCGCCCUGGAAUGGCCGUGAACUUGUUGUUUUUCCACGUCAUUUGCUCUCAAAUGUACUAUCGAGCUGGGCGAUGCUAACCAGCGGCUACAGGUCCCCCCUUGUAACAAGCGAUUGUGUGUUCAUUAGAGGCGGCUAACGGGGGAGGAGGGGGCCCAGUCCCAAAGGGGGGGGGGGAAAGGGAAACAAACCCUUCUUUACAGUGAGCUUGCGUGUCCUGAAGCCAGCUUCCCCCCAAAGCACAUGCCAUUUCUGGCCCUUGAAGGGGUUAAAGGCCUCCUGGAGUCAAAAACAAGCAGGUGUCCCACCGUGCCAGAUACGCUGCCUAAACUGCUUCCAGCUUUUUUUUUUCCCUUCUGCAAUAAGUCUGUGAUCAACCACAGGACAGAGGCGCCAGCAGCCUGCCUGUGACAGGCAUCAGGUUAGCCUGCUCCCACUCGGAUGGCGCGCCCAGGAUAUAAAUCCAGGCUCGGGGCCCCUGCUGCGGCUCCUCUCCCUGCACGCUCAGGAGAGGGAAUUUCCUUCCACAGACCUUUCUUUUAUCUGAAACCGCACGCCCCAGCAGGCUGCGCUGACUUGGUGGAGGCAGCCGGCAGCAGCAGCCUCAGCACAGCCUUAGCAAGGGAGCCUGCUGGGGUGGGAAGGGCAGGUGUCUCCAGCCCACGAGAAGGAGGCCCUUGUGGCCUCCAGCCCAUGGCAUCAUCGCAGGGGAGGUCUCUGGCCAACAUUGACCGCACCAUGUGGCCCCUGGGGUGCUGCCCAUUCUGGUCCCGCUGGGAGCAGGUGGCAGCGCUGCUGCUGCUGCUGCUGUUACUUGGGGUACCGUCGCGAGGCCUGGCGCUGCCGCCCAUCCGCUAUUCCCAUGCUGGCAUCUGCCCUAACGACAUGAACCCCAACCUCUGGGUGGAUGCACAGAGCACCUGCAAGCGGGAGUGUGAGACGGACCAGGAGUGUGAGACCUAUGAGAAGUGCUGCCCCAAUGUGUGUGGGACCAAGAGCUGUGUGGCAGCCCGCUACAUGGAUGUGAAAGGGAAGAAGGGUCCAGUGGGCAUGCCCAAGGGAGCCACAUGUGACCACUUCAUGUGUCUGCAGCAGGGCUCCGAAUGUGACAUCUGGGAUGGCCAGCCUGUGUGUAAGUGCAAAGAUCGCUGUGAGAAGGAGCCCAGUUUUACCUGUGCCUCGGAUGGCCUCACCUACUAUAACCGCUGCUACAUGGAUGCUGAGGCCUGCUCCAAGGGCAUCACGCUCGCUGUUGUCACCUGCCGCUAUCACUUUACCUGGCCUAACACCAGCCCCCUGCCACCUGAGACCACUGUACAUCCCACCACAGCCUCUCCGGAGACGCCUGGGCUGGACCUGGCGGCCCCAGCGCUGCUCAACCACCCUGUGCACCAGUCAGUCACAGUGGGCGAGACAGUGAGCUUCCUCUGCGAUGUGGUGGGCCGGCCCCGGCCUGAGAUCACCUGGGAGAAACAGCUGGAGGAUCGGGAGAACGUGGUCAUGCGACCCAACCACGUGCGCGGCAAUGUGGUGGUCACCAACAUCGCCCAGCUGGUCAUCUAUAACGCCCAGCCCCAGGAUGCUGGCAUCUAUACUUGCAUGGCCCGGAAUGCUGCUGGGGUCCUGAGGGCUGACUUCCCGCUGUCAGUGGUUGGAGGGGGUCAGGCUGUGGCCACCUCGGAGAGCAGUCCCAAUGGCACCGCCUUCCCGGCAGCUGAGUGCCUGCAGCCCCCGGACAGCGAGGACUGUGGCGAGGAGCAGACCCGCUGGCACUUUGACGCUCAGGCCAAUGACUGCCUUAUCUUCACCUUUGGCCACUGUCACCGCAACCUCAACCACUUCGAGACCUACGAGGCCUGUGUGCUGGCCUGCAUGAGUGGGCCGCUGGCCGCCUGCCGCCUGCCUGCCUUGCAGGGGCCAUGCAAGGCCUACGCACCCCGCUGGGCCUACAACAGCCAGACGGGCCAGUGCCAGUCCUUUGUCUAUGGUGGCUGCGAGGGCAAUGGCAACAACUUUGAGAGCCGAGAGGCCUGUGAGGAGUCGUGCCCCUUCCCUCGGGGGAACCUGCGGUGUCGGGCCUGUAAGCCGCGGCAGAAGCUAGUGACCAGCUUCUGUCGGAGUGACUUUGUCAUCCUGGGCCGGGUCUCUGAGCUGACUGAAGAGCCUGACUCCGGCCGGGCCUUGGUGACCGUGGAUGAGGUCCUGAAGGACGAGAAGAUGGGCCUUAAGUUCCUGGGCCGGGAACCACUGGAGGUCACUCUGCUCCAUGUGGACUGGGCCUGCCCCUGCCCCAACGUGACAGUGGGUGAGACGCCGCUCAUCAUCAUGGGCGAGGUGGACGGUGGCAUGGCCAUACUGAGGCCUGAUAGCUUCGUGGGCACAUCAAGCACCCGGAGGGUUAGGAAGCUCCGAGAGGUCAUGCACAAGAAGACCUGCGAUGUCCUCAAGGAGUUCCUGGGCUUGCACUGAAGCCCUGCUCCACCCCAGGCCCCUCCCACUUCCCCACCCCUCCCUGACCCCCUCCCACUUUCCCCCACCCCAUGCUCCUCAGUCAGCAAACUGGGUGAGGUCAGAUUAGACAGUCAUGGGCCAGCAGGGAAACAUCCAUCAUCAUGUCAGAAAAAAGCCACCAGAACAUCUCCCAUCAGCUUUUAUUCUUUGGCUUCUGUAAGGGGUCUGGUUUUUAGCUGAGGAGGACAAAAGGGGACGUCAAUACACAUGGGUAGGUGGUUUCCGAAGACCAGUCUGCUCAGGCAUUCUCCUUCCUUUGCCAAGCCCCCACCCCUGGCUUUUCCUAGCCACCUUGCCCAUAGCCAGGCCCCAGCCAGGAUUCAGGGCACAGCUGCUGUGUGCUGGUUAUAGGAACAGUUGAAUGAGGUGGCUUCCAAGGGGCCAGAGACAGAAGGGCCCAGGGACUCAUGCACAAAUUCCCCACGGCUUCCUAGAACCCUGUGAGCAGAGACCACUGGGUGUUAGAGGUCAGGUGCAGUGGGAAGCUG